GAACACACAGUGCCUCUUUGUAAACUAUCCGGCGGCUUCAGUCUGCAUCAUGUCGCGAAAAUGAUUGAAAAUAAAAAAUGAAACGUUAAAAUGAAUAAAAAUCAGAUUUUUCUUCACGUCGACGGAAGGAGAAGAUUACAACAGCUGGUCUGAGAUGGAGCUUUCAGCAUUACUUCAUGAGCUUCAUCUUGGCCCCGCCUACUCCUCAGAGACGCCCCGCCCCUCAGCCUCUCCUCCUCCAAUCACAGAGCUGCUCUCUGUGCUGCGGGAGAAGCUGAUUGGUCCGUCCUCCGACUCCGAAACGAGCUCUCUGGUUAGCCGCGUCGAACGGCUCUUCCAAAUGGCCGAUCCCCAUUGGCUCUUCUUGGCCAAUCAGGAUGGAGGGUGGGCGGAGCUUCGGGCGGAGUACGUCUCUGUGGUCUGCGCUCUGAUUGGCUGCGCCGCUCUGCCCCUGUGUGAUGACGACUGCAGCUCGCUGCCGGCUGCAGCCUAUCAGAGCGUCCCAAGCAGAGCGGUGGCGGUAAGCUCCGCCCUCGCCGCUCUGCUGAGGACCCUGGGAAAUGGAGGCGGACAGAGCGGCGUGCUGCACGCGGUGGCGCCCCCUGUGUGUGUGUUUGCCAUCACACACCUCCAGGUUCAGCCGUGGAGCAGCUCCUCGUCCAGAGCUGCCGCCCAUAGCCUGCAGGAGGAGCUGCUGAGGGCGGGGGGGUGGAGGGACUCCCCCCACCUCCUGCUGGGAGAUGGGAGGCAGGAGGAGCAGCAGCAGGAGGAGGAGCAGCAGGAGGAGCAGCAGGAGAAGCAGCAGGAGGAGCAGGGGAGGAAAGGGAUCCUGGGAGGAGUCCUGGACGUCUUGCAGCCUCAACUGACCAAGGACUCGUGGCAGCGCUGUGAGUCAGUGAAGUUGGUGUUUGCGUGGACGCUACUGCAGGUGACUCGCCCCUCCCUUUCCCCUCACCUGUCCCGCCUCCUACCCCCCUCCCUCCUCCUCAACGACCACUACAGACCAGAGAACUGCAUGCUGGGAGUUCGCUGUCUGCACCACAUUGUACUGAACACGACGGCUGCAGAUCUUCGUCAGUUCAACAGAGCAGAAGUUGUUUAUCAGGCGUUGUUCAAACACCUUUACAGCACCGAACCUGCUGUCAUCCAGUUGGUUCUCUCGUGUCUCUUGGAUGUGUUGUUGGUCUUGGAGACGCCCCCCUCGUCCCUAGGCCCCUCCUCCUCUCGCAGGAAGUCCUGCCGCCAUGACGACGUGCUUCGUCUGGUGCUGACCCACAUGGAGGCGGAGAACAAGGUAGCACUGCGGCGCGUCUACGCCGCCGCUCUGCCGCCGUACGUUGACAGAAUGGGCGUGGCCGUGUGCAGACACCUGCGGCGGCUGCAGCGGGUGCUUCUGGGAUACCUGGAGGUCUCUGACCCACCGGAGGAGACGAGUCGACUGAAGAUCCUCCAAGUCCUGCAGAAGACCUGCAGAGCAGCCUGGCCCCGGAUGGAGAGCCGUGUGGACAUGUUGCUCUGCUGCCUGUUGAAGCUACUCGUCUCCGUGUCCUCUGACCGUCAGCUCAGUGAGACAGUGAGACAGAUGCUGAUGGACCAAACCUCCCUCUGUCUCAAACUGCUGGACGGCUGUUGCCACGGAGACAUCCAGCGUGUCCUCCAGCAGGUGGACAGCAGCUGCUGCAGCCCUGAGGUGCUGCGUUGCCUGGCAACAGUCAGCGGUGAUGUCACAGCUGCAGGUGUGUCCUGAUGCUGCAGGGAGUCCAGCUGGUCCAGUCUGUGUCUCAGUCCCAGUAAAGUGUCCUCUGUCUCCAGCCGUCUCACCGUCAGAUUGUCCUGCUGCGUCCACAGACUGCAGCGCAGACGAGCCUCCACAACAAACAAACAAACAAACAAACAAACAGUCAGGUUGGACUCGUUAAUGCACCGAACACUUGCGCUUGUUCUGUUAAAUUCUCAUCCAGUCCUAUGGAAGCAGCUCUGUGAUGUGUUUGUGUUUGUGAUGAGGACUUGGAGUCUGAAUCUGAUCUGACAGACGACAGGAUUUACAUCUUUAAAUCUCAAACUAAAUCAAACUGUUGAGAAACAGUCUGAAAGUAUUCUCCAGAGUUAAAAGCAGCUGUUGAUAUAAAGUCACACUGAUUGUCUGGAAUUCACUGUUUCACUAAAAUAAUGUGACUUUUAGUUGAAGAGCAGAAAAUGAAUGCUGCUGUUCCGUUGAUAUUAAAAUAUUGUUUUUA